AAUUCUUUCUUUUCUUCCGUUUUAUGUUUAAGAUAAUUUCAUUCUUUUUACGGAAUGAGUAAUUUCAGUUAAUUUUCCCAGGAUCGUUGAAAAUUUUAGUUGUUACAGUACUAAUUAAUCAAUUAAUUUGGCGGUUUAGACACUGGCACUCUCUACGAUGAACCCUAACUAACAAUUCAAAGUUCAAACACGAUUCUAACCCCUCCCUCCACAAUUUCAACUCAAUAUUCUUCGGAUGCUUUUCAAAUCCACCUCCUCACUCACUCUGUAGAUUUGUUUUCAAGCUCCAAUGGUUUUCUGUGAUCACUGUGUCAAAGAUGUUUUCGCGGAGCGCCACGAUGAUUGUUACUUAACUUGUAGUUCUUGUGGUAAGGUGCUGGAAGAUCAGUAUUUUACCGAGGAGCCGACUUUUGUUAAAAACUCGGCAGGAAAGAGCAAGUUAUCUGGAAGUUAUGUAAAAGCGGUUCUAAAUGAGUUUUCUGUUUCACGUGAAAGGACUUUACAUAGAGCUUCUAAAGAAAUGGAGUACUUAAGUCUCAACCUUGGAGUAAGUGAGCAAGAUAUGAUCCGCCAAGCUUUGGCCUUUUAUGAAAUAGCACUUGAAAAAAAUUUCACCCGAGGACGUAAAUCAGAGCAAGUACGUGCAGCAUGUCUCUAUAUUGCAUUCCGGCAAAACAAAAAGCCAUACUUUCUCAUUGACUUUUCAAAUAUUUUAAGGAUAAAUGUUUACAUGCUUGGAGCAGUUUUUUUGCAGCUCUGUGAAGUGCUGAGGCUUGAAAAUCACCCAAUUGUUAAAAAGCCUAUCGAUCCUUGUCUUUAUCUCUAUAAAUAUACUAAUAAUUUGUUAGGCCAUAGAAAUGUGGCUGUCUCUGAAACCGCACUGAACAUCAUUGCGAGUAUGAACCGCGACUGGAUGCAGACAGGGAGGAAACCUAGUGGAUUAUUUGGUGCUGCAUUAUACAUCUCUGCUCUUGCACAUGGUCAUAACUUCUCCAAGUCAGAUAUUCUAAGAAUCGUCCAUGUAUGUGAGGCAACUUUAACCAAGCGAUUGAUAGAAUUUGAGAACACGGACUCUUCUAGCUUGACAGUUGAAGAGUUGAAUACAAUGGCAAAAGAUCAUGAAAAAAAUCCGGCUGUGUUGCCAAACAGUAAAAUCAAAGGAUCUACUUCAUACGAUCUACUGUGCGAACACAAAGAUAGCGACGUGCCCUAUUUUGCACUAGGACUAUGUAAAACAUGUUACAAGGAUUUUGAUAUGCUAUCGGGAGGAUUCAGUGGUGGUUUGGACCCUCCUGCAUUCCAGCGUGCUGAGAGGGAGAGAGUAAAGAAAACACUUUCUAAGGAAAAUGCAGAUGUGCUGAAGGCAUCAAAUGACACAUGCCAGGGACAGAAAGAAGACAUGCCUGCCUCGGCGCUAGAACAGGAUGACACUAGUGCAAAAACUCAAGAUGAAUCAGGAAAUUUCUCUGAUAUCGAUGAUCAUGAGGUUGAUGGGUACAUUUUCAAUGAGGAGGAGAAAUACUACAAGAAGAUAAUAUGGGAAAGUGCAAACCGCGAGUAUCUCGAGGAGCAAGCAGCCAAGGAAGCAGCUGUAGCAGCUGAGAAGAAAAUUUAUGAAGAAAAUAUGAAAAAUUGUCCGGUAGAAUCAAGAGAGCUUUAUGAAUCUACUACUGCAGCUGUGGCAAAAUCCAAAAAGCAGAAACGAGCUGAAGAGGCAAAGAAUUCAGGGCCUGCUCAGUCUGCUGCAGAGGCCGCUUGCCAAAUGGUGAAAACAAAGAGGCUUAGUAAAAAAGUCAACUUUGAUUGCCUUGCAAAAUUAUUUGAAGACGAACCAGUAAUUCUCUUUUGAACUCUUUUCCUUUUAAUACGUGUAUGCAUGAUAUAUAUACACUUGAGCUAAAUGAGUGUAACUUGUUGGUUCAUGGCUCAAUUCCUAUGAGUUACAUUUCUUUUUAUUUUCUCAUAAUGUACUAAUGUAAACAAGUUAUUUUAAAAAUUUAAUAUCAAAUAAAAAAAUUAAAAUAA